CUUCCAUUUCCUUUUCUCCUUUCUCCUUCUUCUCCCUUUUUUUCUUUGGACCUGUCCAUUGUCUGUCUGCACGUGUCCAGUCUGGUUGCUGCCACUGUUCUUUUUGUUGUUAUUAUUGUUUUCAGUGUACAGUACAAUUGAAGACUGUUUAUCACUGUUGACGGUCCCAUACAUACAUACACACACACACACACUCACUCACUCACUCCGUACAUACAUUCUUUUUCUUAUCAGUCAACAAUUUCACCCCUCUCAAUCGUGGCGGUGGGCCUCCUGUUCCUCGUCUGCCCCUCUAUUUCAGUUCUUUCCUGAGUCUGAGGAAUGAAUGUCAUGGUGCUGUUCCUGACCCGUCAAUAAAGUCCGACAAAUCUUAUCAUCCCUGAUCCCAUCUCCCGCACGCUGGCCCGUCAUGGGGGAUUUUCCGGGAACGGGCGAGCCGGAUUCUGCGCCGGAAGCGUCCCAAACAACAGCGCAGCAGCAGCAGCAGCAGCACCAGCUGUCAUCGUCGCCUGACCACCGCCUCAACCAUGCCGCAUCCCCGACCGACCGCCGAACCCCCACUCAACUCAAGCGAUCUUCUCUUCCCCCUCGUCCUCAUGGUGCUGCCAGACACGCCAAGCGACUCACUCUCAACUUUCCGAUCAAUAUUCCUUCCGGACUUGACGCUUACGACCCAAAUCUUGCUUCUCCUGGAUCCAUGACGCCCGUGACUCGGACCUCCGCUCACCCCUCGCCGAUCCCCCAUCUCGGUACCCCGCUGGCCUUUGAGGAGAAGGAUGACGGCUCGGGUCUGCUCACUGCGAUCGCCUCGCAGGAGAGAAAGGUGCUGGAGCUUCGGGAAGAACUGCAUCGGGCCGAGACGGAGCUGGACUCUUUGAAAAAGCAAUGGGCUUCGACCGAGAAGACAAAGAAACGCACGGAAAUCAGCCACCGCGCCGAACCGUUGGUCUCCCUCCGAUCCCCCGACGAGCCUGCGUUUCCGCACCGCAGGGAUCAUAGCGUGAGCAGUGCGGGCAGCUCGUCGGCGCAGGUCCGACUCAGCCGGGAGCUGGAGCGGCGGCAGAGCCUCCGCGCGGCCGCGACCAAGGGCACCAACGUUUCCGCAAAUGGCCGACGGGUCUUCCGGGGCUCGCACACUCGAGCCUUGUCAUUGCUUUCCCCGACGACGGGAUCUGGGGACAGCAAGACCGCGUUCGAGUCGGAGACUGGCAGCCACCGCAUCGGUCGGUCUCCGCGGUCGGCGACCUUGCCCUCCUCCGUCGAACGCAAUGCCAUCACGGGUGGUGGGAGCUCGAAGCCUGCUGACGACAUGAUCUCACAGUGGCGGAACACCAUGCCACCGCCGUCGCGAGAUGCCAUCGUGCGGACAGGCAAGCAGAUGGCCUCGGAUCUGAGAGAAGGACUCUGGACGUUCUUGGAAGACAUCCGUCAAGCCACGGUGGGAGAAGAGGGAAUCAGUGCGACCGAGGCGAGGGGCGUGCCCCCGGUGCGUCAGCGGGUCUCAUCCAGCUCGACAUCGCGCAGUCGGGACCGGUUGUCGGUCUAUGGGGGAACUAGUCUGUCGCGGUCGUCCUCGGGGAGCAAGGGCUCUGGAGGCAAAAAUUCUGGUAAAGACUCCAAAUCGACGGAUAUAGACUCGUCGUUCUGGAGUGAAUUCGGCAUUGAUCCACCUGGGCAGAAGUCGCCUCGCGCUCACGGACCCGCCACUACCCCAAGCCGGCCGAACGAACCCAGAUGGGGCGACCACAGCAACCCCCCCGAUGUUGAGGACAACUGGGAGUGGGAAUCUCCGAAGCCGAAGAAGACGCACACGCCGUCGUCCAGCCGCAGCACUUUGGAGACGAAGCAUGAUCAGUCGCCGAUGACGCAGAACAGCAGUCCUCGCACCAGCGCCAGUUUCGGCGACUGGCGCCCGCUGCAUGACACCAGCAUCCCGGACCCCAGUGUUUCCGAUGGCAUUCCCUGGCCGGCAAUGACCAAGCUGGCGCCGUCGAGGCUAACCCGCACGGCGUCGAACCUGAUGGCGGAGUGGGAGCGCAGUCUGAGUCCUUCGCCAGAGCAGAAGGAAUUUUUCGGCAAAGACGACAAGCGGGAUUGAUCUAGCUCAGAGUUUGGGGUUUCGGAGGGAUUUGUAAAUACAGCACAUGAGACUAGCGCAUUCAAUCUGUUGAAUGAAUUGCGCAUGAGCCAGUACGGAUUUACGCAGGGUUAUGAUUGUUGAUCACAAUACCCUUAAGUUACGAUGAGCGUUGUUACUUCUUUGACUCGUUUGGGUAUUUUGCUGUGUGGCGAUGGAAAUGGAACUGUUACAUAGAGCCGCUAUACUGAUCCUUGACAAUGUACUUUACG